GAAAUUCAAAUAAAGAUCAAACCCUAGCUCCUCUCUCUCGUCUCGUCCCUAUUUUCCCUCCCUCCCUCUCUUUUUUUCUUCUCUCUCUCUCUCUCCCUCGCUCUGCGAAUUUCGAGGAGUUUAUCCGAAAGUUUCUCGAUUCAGCGAUUCACAGGUUCUGUUGAUGGCUUGCUUUAAUUAUUGAUGGUGAGAGUUUAUUGGGGAAAUAGGAAACGCAUUUGGAGUUGCUGUAUCAAGUGAGGGAAGGGAUGGGGAAGGUGUUUUCGAAUGAUAGGGAUUCGAAGAAAUUGAAGAGGAGGAGACGAUCGAAGGGCUCUGGUGGGAAGUAUCUGAAGCCUGGUGCUCUAGCGCAGCUGCGGUGUAGCAAGGGCUCGGUUGCUAAAUCUUGUACUGAUCUUGGGAGGAAGAGGGUCGCUGUGUUGGAUACUGGGAAGACGAAGAGAAAUGCGGUGCCUGAGGAUAAAGUUUCUGAUAAAAGUCCUAUGAUGUUGUCGCCUGUGAAAUUGGUGAUGCAUAUAAAUCAUAUUGGAACUCCAAGAACUCCUCGGGUUGAAGCCUGUGAAUCAGAGUCGCGGCUGGAAUCUUUACCUAUGGAUCUACUGGUGAAAAUACUUUGCCAUUUACACCAUGACCAACUAAGGGCGGUUUUCCAUGUUUCUCAACGGAUCAGAAAGGCUGUUUUGCUGGCAAGACAAUUCCACUUUAAUUACACAACUCCAGAUCGAUCCAGACAGGAGAUGUUGAGAACAACCACCCCUCGACCCUCUGAACACUGGCCCUUUGUAAGCAAGGGAGAUGGCAAAGGCUUGUUGAUGCCAAGCCCUCACACUCCCAAGGCACCGAGACAUGGUCCUCGUCCGCCAUCUCGCCUCAAAGUUUCCGAGAUGAGGCAGGUUGCUGCUGUUCUCUUUCAAGAAUCAGCAUUUCCUCCGAGAUGCAUGGUUCCAUCUGUUAUAUCCAAACCUCUCUGCAAAUCCUUGGCUUCUAACCGGGUUCUGUUUUACGAGGAAGAGUUGUGCCAAGCUGUUGCUCAAAAUAAACUUCUUUGAUUUGAAGUAGUUGGCAAUUUCUCAUUGUCUCUUAUUUCUGUGUAUAGAUUUUCUCUGUCUUUUUCGCUUGUAGCUGGUUCAGCCAAUAUAGGAAUUCUUCAAAUUUUGUAGCUGUGUUGGGGCAGAUUUAGGUAUCAUGGAACUUCCUGUUCUGUUGGAAUGAGAAUGUAGCUGUGGGAAUAAUCUAUUCCGAACUGGUUACUUGUAUAGUUCUAUAUAUAUUCGAAAGAUUUGUUUUCUGCUUGUUCUGUUUUUUAA